AUGGAGCGAAGAAUUCGAUCUUUACCAAGACAACACUUGACCCGACCCGAGCCAUUCCUAAAGUACCUCAAACCUGGCGCCCUUGCCCGCCUGCGAGACUCGAAAAUCAGCGCUAGAUCGCAUAGAGUCAUUUCAAUUCCUCAGAUCUCCCCUCACCGCAUGUCGCCUAUGUCACCUCCACCGUCUUCAAACGACGAUCAACCUCAGGUCAGCGUGACCGAUGCCUUCCCUUGCUUCUCCGGGAGGAUGUAUGGUCCACGAUGUCCUCAAAGGAAGAAACUCGUGGCGGCUAAAGCGGUGCUGUUUUUGACCUCGAAUCAGUCAGGUCCGGGGUCUGAUCUUCCCGAUCCGGUCAUCGAUGUGUUUAGUAGUGAUAGUAACAUUGUUGCGGCUCAUUGA